CUCCUCAAAACCCCUUUAACGUACCGGGAAAUUUCCCUCCUUAAUUACUUAGUCUCAAAAUCUCUUUAAAAAGGCCCUUAAUCUCUUUUAAAUAAUUACCUUAAAAACUAGAAUUUUUAUCCCAAAAAUUUCAAGACUUGAAUUAUUUCUAUUAACUAAAAAACCUUGAAUAAACUUCAUAGAUUUCCAAAAUCUCUUACUCUCUUAAAACUCCAAAUUAUGAUUUUGAAUGACUCAAAACAUUUGUCAAAAUUAUUAAUCAUAAAUAACACCUUGAUAAACCCCUUUUUCCACUUCAAUUUUAACAUAAAUAAAUUUAUCCCUAUAUUACCAACGUCUAAAAUUUCGAUAAUCAAUUUUCUAAUGUUUGCUCACGACUCUAAUUUAAUAUUACCAACGUCUAAAAUUAUGAUUAUCAAUUUUCUAAUGUUUUCUCAUGACUCUAGUUUCAGAAUUAUUAUCAAAAUUCCAAUUAUCAAUCUUCUAAUGUUUUCUCACGACUCUAGUUUCAAAAUAAAUUAUCAAAUUAAUUAAAAAGGUAAUUAUAUAAAUUUUUAUAAAUAGUCGCUCAACUUGAAAAGUUCCCAUAUUAAUUUUUGGUAACCCUACUAUUUCCUAGUUACGAGCAAAAUUACCUGACUCUAGAAAAAUAUCUCGAAUUGUGUUUUAGUCCAUUAAAAACUGUCGUUCAACUAAUUUUUAAAAUUGGAAAUUUUGCUUGGAAACUUCCCAAUUUUAUAAACUACCAUCCCACUAAAGUUUGAAAUUUAGAAAAUUAUCAGCUUGCCUAAAACCUCACUUUAAAUAGUCGCAAAUAAAUUCAUCCAGGAGAACAAUAUGAUUUUCGGGUCAAAUUGUCAAACUUUAAGAACUUAAGGACUAAGCUAUUUAUUCAGGAUAAUUGGGCAUUGAUCUGGAUAUUUUCCUAACUGUCUUUAGCGACGACUCUGAUUCUGUCGCUAAAGGACUUUAAUUUUCGUCUCCAUAACACGAAAAAUCUCAUACACGUACAAUCAAUCCACAACUCGAUUUUUAAUCAAUGAGAUCGAAAGCCUAACCUCUCGAACGAGCCUAGGACUAGAUUCGAUGGCUCGAAACGUUGUUCUCCUCGUGGAGUUCAGUUUGAGAGAAAGAAAGCAUUCCCUGCUACCUCAAGUAGCAGGUUCAAAUCGGCCUCCUCCCCAAAUUCAAGCUGAGCCUCAGGCUAAUAAACAACCUCAGGUAGUUCCCUACAAAAGGGAUUAUACUGAGGUGUGGAAGAUGGGUGUUGAGGCCUUUAAGGGUUCUAUAGAUCGAAAAGUGAUUUUAGAUUGGCUGAAAAAUAUCGAGCGCAUUCUCAAUCCAAUUGGUUGUCCUUAUGACGUCAAGUUUGAUUAUGUUGUAGCUCUCCUCGAAAAAAAUGCUUAUGAUUGGUGGUUAACCGUACCCGGAGUUAUGGAUAACACUGCUCAACUCACGUGGAACGAUUUCUCCGACUGUUCAAAGAGUGAUAUGUGCCAGUCAUUUACCAAGAUAAAAAAAAGGUGGAGUUCUUAAUGCUGAAACAAAAGGAAGGCCAGACAAUGAACGAAUAUGAGGUGACCUUUCAUCGUUUGACGACUUUUGCCAUCGAUAUGGUCCCAAAUGAAAAAGAUAAGUGACUUCGAUUUGAGAGGGGGCUCCGCAAAGAGUUAAGGUAAAUUGUAGCCAUGUCUGAUACGGAUGGUUAUGGAAAACUGAAGGUAGCCGCAAUAAGAGCUGAACUGAUUUUAAAUGAGAACAAGCCCCAUACUCAAAGUUACGGGAUCGAAGAUAGGAAACGAAAGUGGAAGGGGUCAUCCUUAGCAGGUCAAAGUAGAGUUUCUAGUUGAGGUCCUAGAAAGGGGAACUUUACUCAGCGUCCUCGAGUAAGUUUCCCUAUGGGACAUGCUAACCAAAACCAGAUGGGUGCACCUCCACCACCUGAGUGCCCACAUUGUGGAAGGAUGCACCAGGGGAGUGUCAGAUCAUGACUAGCGCUUGUUUCAAAUGUGGUGGUUUCAGGCAUCUCAUUGAAGAUUUUCCAACUUGGGGAGAUACAGUUUCAGUUAAGUCACAAACUAUUAUGCAAGGAUCACGAGUGCCCAAUAACUUCUCAAGGGGAAAUCCUAGAGGUGGAGUUAGCAGGGGACUAGAACGUGGUUCUGAGGUCAAGGGGCACACAAUUUGCCAAAUGGGCAGAGCUGACAUACAUCCAUGUGCAUUUGAUAUAACAAGAACAGAGGUGAAUGCAUCUCUAGAAGUGGUUACCGGUAUGGUUCUCAUUAAUGAUAAACCCGUUUAUGCCUUAAUUGAUCCUAGUUCUACUCACUCGUUCGUGUCUCAUAAAUUUUCACAACAUAUGCAUCCUUGACCUGAAUUAUUGCCUAGCAAAAUAUUUGUGAAAACCCUUGUUGGUGAUACUAUUAUGUUCAAUCAUAUCUAUGUUGAUUGUCGUCUAAUUGUAUCUGGAGUAGCUUUGCUUGCUGACUUGAUGCUACUUCAAUUUGAUGAAUUCGAUGUAAUGCUGGGAAUGGAUUGGUUGAGUAGGCAUAGGGCCGUGGUGAAUUGUCAUACAAAAGAAGUGGUAUUUGAGGUACCCGAGCAUGAAAGUGUUGUCUUUAGUGAAAUUAGUCAAACAGUACCUAGUUUCCUAAUAUCUGCUUCCAAGGUGUUUAGCUUGAUUAAGGAGGGGUGUGUGGCCUUCCUUGCUCAUGUAUUGGAGAUUAAAGAAGAGAAAAAACCAGAAGAUGUAGAAGUAGUGAAUGAAUUCCUGUAUGUGUUUCCAUCUAACCUACCAGGACUACCUCCUGAUCGGGAGGUAGAAUUCACUAUUGAAUUGCUAACGGGCACUGCACCUAUUUCUAUACCACCAUAUAGGAUGGCACUUGUGGAGUUGAAGGGGUUGAAAGAGCAACUUCAAGAUUUGCUAGUUAAGGGAUUGAUUAGGCUAAGUGUGUCACCCUGGGGUGCUCCCGUACUUUUUGUGAAGAAUAAGGAUGGAACCCUACGGUUAUGCAUUAAUUACUGAAGGAUUAAUAAGGUGACUGUGAAGAAUAAAUAUCCCUUUCCCCUUAUUAAUGAUUUAUUCGACUAAUUGCAAGGGUCAAAAGUCUUCUCCAAAAUUGACCUAAGGUCAGGAUAUCAUCAAUUAAAGGUGACAGAGGAAGCCAUACCUAAAACAGCUUUUCGUACGAGGUAUGGACAAUACAAAUUCCUUGUUAUGCCAUUUGCACUAACAAAUGCUCCAAUUGCUUUUAUGGUGUUGAUGAACAAGGUCUUCCAAGAAUACUUAGAUAAGUUUAUGAUAGUUUUCGUAGAUGAUAUCUUGGUGUAUUCUAGAAGUGAAGAAGAGCAUAGAGAGCAUUUGAGGAUAAUUCAAAUCUUGAGGGAUAAACGGUUGUAUGCUAAAUUUAGCAAGUGUGACUUCUGGAUGGAUCAAGUUAUAAUUCUGGGACAUGUUGUUUUCAGAAGGGGAAUUGAAGUUGAUCCGAAGAAAGUGGAAGCCGUGGUGAAGUGGGAACCACUGAAGAGUGUACCAGAGUUACAAAGUUUCUUGGGAAUGGAAGGUGAUUACAUAAGGUUCAUCGAGGGAUUUUCUAUCAUCGCCUCGCCAUUGAAAAAAUUGUUGAGGAAAGAUCAUCCCUAUGUGUGGAAAACUGAAUGCCAAGCUAGUUUUGAAGAGCUAAAGACAAAACUCAAAAUUGCACCUAUCAUAGCACUACCAGCAAGGACAUGUGGUUUUGUGGUACAGUGAUGCCUCACAUCAAGGCUUCUUGGGUUGUGUUCUAAUACAAAUGGGAAGGUGAUUUAUUAUGCCUCAAGAUAACUGCGACCAUAUGAAAAAUCCUACCCUACCCAUGACCUAGAAUUGGCAACAAUGGUUUUUGCUCUAAAGAUUUGGACAGACUACUUGUAUGGUCACUUUUCAAAUCUUCACCGACCACUAGAGUUUGAAGUACCUAAUGGGACAAAAAGAGUUGAAUAUGAGGCAAAUAAAAUGGAUGGAAUUGUUAAACUAUUAUGAAUGUACUAUUGAGUACCAUCCGGGUAAAGCCAAUGUUGUAGCUGAUGCUUUAUACUGGAAAUCAAAACACUCUGAUUCACAAUCUGCAUUAAAUCCCACUAGGGAAAUGCUAGCCUUACGGGCGUUGAAUGCGAAUCUUAGUGUGGAUAAUGAUGGGGUUUUAUUAGCUACUCUACAAGUACGAUCAAUCUUACGAGGAAGGAUUCAACAAGCUCAAAAUCAUUAUCCUUUUCUUAACAAGAUAAUUGAGAAGAUUAAAAAUGGGAAGGAUGGAAAGUUUGAAUUGCAUAAUGAAGUCCUUUCAUUGAAUGGCAGAUUAUGUGUUCCUAAUGUGGAUGAAUUGCGUAGGGAGAUCUUGGAGGAAGCUCACUCCUCACCUUAUGCGAUGCAUCCUGGUGCAACAAAAAUGUACCGCUCAUUGAGAUCACAUCAUUGGUGGCCCAGAAUGAAGGAAGUGGCAGAGUAUGUGUUGAUAUGUCUAGUAUGUCUACGAGUGAAAGGUGAGCACCAAUCACCUGUAGGGAAGUUACAACCAUUACCCAUUCCAGAAUGAAAGUGGGAAAAUGUUACUAUGAAUUUUGUCUACGGUUUGCCUAGAACUCAAAAGAAGAAUGAUGUUAUUUGGGUGAUUGUGGAUCGACUAACCAAGUCGGCCCACUUUAUUCCAAUAAGAUGGGGUUGUUCGUUGGAGCAUCUGGCAAAAAGGUACGUAGAAGAGAUCGUACGAUUACAUGGAGUACCCAUAUCUAUAGUCUCUGAUCGAGAUUCGAGGUUUAACUCAUGAUUCUGGCAAAGCCUACAUGAUUCUUUGGGUACUUAAUUGAACUUUUCUACUGCCUUUCAUCCUCAAACAAAUAGGCAAGCAUACCAUACUCACCCUGGAAAAAUGUUAAGGGCUUGUGUCAUGGAUUUCCAUGGCUCAUGGGAUGAACAUCUAUCAUUGAUCGUAUUUGCAUACAACAACCAAUAUCACAGUAGCAUUGGGAUGACACCAUAUGAAGCUUUAUAAGGGCGAAAAUGUAGAACUCUGAUAUCUUGGGAUGAAGAGGCCUUGAGACAACUUGAAGGGCCUGAAAUCAGGCAAGCUAUAGUGGAUAAAAUUAAAGUGAUUCAAGAUCGGUUGAAAUCUACCCAAGGUCGACAGAAAAGCUAUGCCGAUGCUCAUCGACAAGAAAUGGAGUUUACUGUG